ACUUCUCAACUAACGCACGCACUGCCGCUUGCUCCACCCCCAAGAGAUCUCGCCCUCUCCGCUCCUCUGCGGCUGGGAAGAAAUGGAGGUGCUCUGCAUCGGGACGGCGGAUACCAAGCUGGAGGAGCUCCUCUUCCUCGCCGCCAGACUCCGCUCCGCCCUUGCCGCCACUGGCUCUGACCCCAAGGUAUAGUUUGUACUGUUGAGUUUUGGUGUAAAAGGGCGAAACAGUUCCCAACAAAAAGGUGCCUCCAUAAGGAAAUGCAAUGUUCGGUUCAAAAAAAAAGAAGGAAAUGCAAUGUUAUUGGCACCUGUAGCAUCUUAGUCCAGUGAAGGAAUUCUCUACUGAAAGUUUCCAUGCUUGAUAGAGCUAUAUUAUUGUUGAUUGGUUCUUUGAUUUCAUUAGACUCGGAUGGUAUUACAGGUUCAAGUGAGCAUAGUGGAUGUCUCCACAACUGAAAAGACAGCACAGGAUCUUAAAGACGUCACAUUUAUCCCGAGAAAUACAGUUCUUUCAUGUCUAUUGGAUGUUGACCAACAUAAUCUUCCAGAUGACAGAGGCGAAGCAAUAUCACUCGUGUCAAAGGCUCUUCAGAGCUUUCUGAAAAAAAGAUAUGACAGUGGUACGCUGGUGGGUGCUGUUGGUUUAGGAGGCAGUGGAGGAACAUCACUAAUUGCUCCUGCUCUGAGAUCAUUGCCACUUGGAGUGCCUAAGCUUAUUGUAUCUACUGUUGCUAGUGGUCACACGGCUCCUUAUGUUGGAACAUCUGACUUGGUAUUGUUUCCUUCAGUUGUUGACAUAUGCGGAAUAAACAGUGUCAGCCGUGUUAUAUUGUCCAAUGCUGCUGCAGCUUUUGCUGGGAUGGUACAUGGAAUCUUAUUGGCAUCCAGUGAGUCUGAUGAGACUGCAACAAAGCCAACUAUUGGUAUUACUAUGUUUGGCGUUACAACACCAUGCAUAAAUGCUGUCAAGGAUAGGCUGAACAAAGAAGGGUACGAGACACUUGUAUUCCAUGCCACUGGUGUAGGAGGCAAAGCAAUGGAAGAACUAGUUAGGAGUGGUUUCAUACAGGGUGUACUGGAUGUAACGACAACAGAAGUUGCAGACCAUAUUGUAGGCGGUGUCAUGGCUUGUGAUGAGUCCAGGUUUGAUGCAAUUAUAGAUAAUAAGAUCCCUCUUGUUCUUAGUGUUGGAGCCUUGGAUAUGGUUAACUUUGGAGCUCGAGAUACAAUUCCUGCUGCUUUUGCAGACAGAAAGAUCCAUAUUCACAAUAAGCAGGUUUCAUUGAUGCGGACGACUGUGGAGGAGAACAAGAAAUUUGCUAAGUUCAUUGCUGAUAAGAUAAACAAAUCUUCUUCCAAAGUUACUGUUUGCCUUCCCCAGAAGGGCAUAUCUGCAAUAGACGCUCCAGGAAUGCCAUUCUAUGAUCCAGAAGCUACAUCGACACUAUUGGGUGAAUUAAACACCCUUAUACAGAUAAAUGACAUCCGAGAGGUGAAGCUGCUUCCUUAUCACAUAAAUGAUCCUGAAUUUGCAAAUGCAUUGGUAGAUGCAUUCUUAGGUAUGGAUGUAAAGGCCUCUAGCAAGGCCCAACCUCAGCAAGAUGGGAAGAAAGAAAAAUCCAGUUCAGGACAGAAAAGUUCAGAUAGUUCCAUUAUAUGGAGACCUCCUGUGGAUUUUCCAGAUGCGAAACCAGAAACAUUGCAGAAGACGAGGUCAAUACUAAAUAAACUAAAACAAUACAUCGCUGAGGGCAUUCCAGUUAUCGGAGCUGGUGCUGGCACAGGCAUAUCCGCAAAAUUCGAAGAAGCUGGUGGGGUUGAUCUUAUAGUGGUGUACAACUCUGGGCGGUUUCGAAUGGCUGGAAGGGGCUCACUGGCGGGCCUCUUGCCAUUUGCUGAUGCAAAUGCCAUUGUACUUGAGAUGGCCAAUGAAGUAUUGCCUGUGGUUAAAGGAGUUCCAGUUCUUGCUGGGGUUUGUGCUACUGAUCCGUUCCGUAGAAUGGAAUACUUUCUCAAGCAACUAGAAAACAUUGGAUUUUGUGGUGUACAAAACUUCCCAACUGUUGGUCUGUUUGAUGGGAAUUUUAGACAGAACUUGGAGGAAACUGGAAUGGGCUACAGUCUGGAAGUGGACAUGAUCUCAAGGGCACAUAAUAUGGGUUUCCUUACUACUCCAUAUGCUUUCAAUCCAGAAGAAGCUGCUGCCAUGGCCAAGGUAGGAGCUCAUAUCAUAGUGGCACAUAUGGGUCUGACAACUGCUGGGUCUAUCGGGGCAAAGACAGCUGUCACUUUAGAUGACAGUGCUGUACGUGUUCAAGCCAUUGCCGAUGCAGCACUUAGGAUUAAUCCUGAUAUAAUUGUUCUCUGUCAUGGAGGUCCCAUUUCUGGCCCACAAGAAGCGGAGUUCAUCUUAAAGAAUACUAACAGUGUCCAUGGAUUCUAUGGUGCAUCAAGCAUGGAAAGAUUGCCAGUGGAGCAAGCUAUCACAAACACCAUGAGGCAAUACAAACGAAUUUCCUUAAAAUGAAAAUCGUCAUUUACAGGUGUGAUUUACAGGAAUGUCCAUGACUGUUGUUGAUCUUUCGGUUCACUUAGCAGAUGUUUCUGCCAUUCAAUCUGCCUUGCUAUUUUAGCUUCUCUGAAAAGCUCGACUUUUAUAACUAUGUUGUAUUAUGUACAUUAUUUCCAAUGUACCGUUCUUGUUGGAACUUGACCAUGAAGGAUAAUGAAUAUUCCCUUUGCCUAACCUGUA